AUGUCGACUGAAUGUAAAGGGAAAGCAUCCUCAGAAGUACCCAGUAUGGUUGUGGCAGUUGUGUUCCAAGGAGAGUGUUUGAGGGCGGUGGUUCCGAUCUUGUCGAUUCAUCGCCGAAAAAGAAAGAUCGUAGGCUCUUCAAAAAUCGAAUGUGGCUAUGUCAGCCAUCUGCUUCCGCAUUACACGUUUCUCAUUUCAGCAGCGCUAACCAUGCUCAUACUCGGUUCAGUCAACGGAUGGACAACGAUUUCUCUUGCUUAUCUAAUAUCCGGGACUGGCGGCGUGCCGCUAACGUUAACACACAGCGAAUCUUCAUGGAUCGUUUCUUGUACAGUACUUGGUUCAAUGAUCGGUUCACUUGUGGCUAUACAGUUGGCCAGCAGCAGCGGUAGUAAAAACUGCCUCGUUUUAUGUAACACAAUGUUCACAUUAGGCUGGUUCACCAUCUACGCCGCAACUUCUGUGCCAAUGCUAUACCUUGCUCGGGGGAUUCUCGGUAUAGGCGUUGGUAUUGCGCGCACGGUAAAUCCCAUGUACGUGCCAGGAGUCACCGACAUCAACAUUGGAAGCACCCUAAGUUCUCUAUGCGUCGUGAACGUAUCUAUCGGGACACUGGUAACCAGCAUCCUAGGACUUUGGCUGAUGUACGAGUCACUGCUGCAGAUCCUUGCAAUAAUAUCCUUUAUAUCCUUCUUGUCGAACAUGUAUUUUCCCGAAACUCUGUUUUGCUCGGUGGCAACAGGUCAAACGAAGCAAGCAUGCAAGUCGAUAUCAUAUUACCAAAGCUUGAUAAAUAGGCACAAACUGAGAAUGGAACUACAUGCUCUACGCACACAAACCACGUACGAAUUACACCGAUCAUCCUCAAGCGAAAUACACCAACCAUCCACAAGCCAAACGUAUCAAUCAUCCUUAAGCGAAAUACACCAACCAUCCACAAGCGAAAUAAGCCCAGAACACACAUGCGAAAUACGCCAACCAUCCACAAGUCAAAUACACCGACCAACCAUUAGCGAAAUACACCAACCACUGCACCAAUCAUCCUCAAGCGAAAUAAACCCAGACCCCACAUGCGAAAUACACCAACUAUCCACAAGCCAAACGCAUCAAUCAUCCUCAAGCGAAAUACACCAAUCAUCCACAGACCAAAUGCACCAAUCAUCCUCAAGCGAAAUAAACCCAGACCCCACAUGCGAAAUACACCAACUAUCCACAAGCCAAACGCAUCAAUCAUCCUCAAGCGAAAUACACCAAUCAUCCACAGACCAAAUGCACCGAUCAUCCUCAAGCGAAAUAAACCCAGACCCCACAUACGAAAUACUCCCAGACCCCACAUGCGAAAUACUAUCACGAUUUAGAAGCGAUUUAUGCACACAAUCUAAUGAGGAUUUACGCGAAUGGGCUGACACAGAUGAGACACACAUAGAUUUAACUAAAUAUAAUUGGUCAACCAAACUGCAAGCAGUACUACAACGAAGCAAUAGGAAAGCGUUGUUUAUCAUGCUUGGCUUAAUCAUGGCACAACACCUUAGCGGAAACUACAUCACUAUGCAGUAUCUGUUAGUGCUGUUUGGCAAAACAACGAUCAAUAUCAGAGCAAGCGCAGUGACGAUUUUGGUGAUGACUGUCGGCCUCAUAUGUGGCACUUUAUGCACCUUAACAGUGACUUCUCUUGAAAGAAGAACACUUUUGAUUCUGUCUACGCUUGGGUCGUGUUUUACAUUGAUUAUUCUAGCAACUUAUCUUUUAUUAGUUCAAUAUAAGUCUGAUGUAUCCAUCCUCUCACCUCUUCCAGUUAUCGACCUAAUUAUAUAUCAAGUAAUGUUUCACAUUGGUUUAGGUACGUUACCCAAUGUUCUCCAAUGCGAGUUAUUUCCUACAGAACUAAAAGGCUUUGUUGGUGCCAUCAUUGCAAUUUUCGAUGGUAUAAUUGGUUUUACCGUGUCGAAACUGUAUCAAAUGAUUACCGAUAAUGUAGGAUCGUAUGCGAUUUACUUUAUCUUCGCGACAUCAUGCUGGGUGGCAUUUAUGAUAGUGUUCAUAUGGGUACCGGAAACAAAAGGAAAAACGUAUCGCGAGAUUGAAGCGCUUUUAGUUGGUGAAAAUUUGAAUUCUUUGAAUGAAGAAGUUCGAACCGAUGAAAUGGAUAUUCGUAGAAUAUGACAAGAAAAAACUGAACCGUACGUCCGUGGCACGGUGUCUACUUACUCGGAAUAUUAUAUUUCUCAUUUUUAUUCCUAUAACGAUAAAGAUCUACAAUUUCAUCACGAUAUGCAAUUUUUGUAGUAAUGUAGUUCUAUUCGUUUGUACGUGUAAUUUUAGAAUUGUGUCUAACAAAGGUAGUGGUCAUUUACAAACAUAUGUACUGCAUAAAUUGACUUGCAUUGAACUCAGAGGGACACAUGUUCUCAAACUAAACUUUUUAUCCAUUUCAUAACACGAACAAUGUAACAAUACCAAUUAACUCGAGAUAAUUGAGCAAAA